GAAGAGAUUCUAUGAAUGAUUAUUAGAUCUAUAAUGAUAGAUCUCAUCUACACUGACUGUCACUACACUCUAAUGACUCUACACUGUCUACAGUCUACAGCUAUACUAGAUCUAUACUGAUACCAGUAACAAUAGAUUCCCAUACAUAGACUAGAUCUAGUCAUAGAUCUAGACUCUAUAUAGGGUAGAUCUUACAUUACGCAUCUUUACGCAUGCCUAAACUUAAGACUUAAGGUAAAAAAAAUGGCUUUAUUAUUGAUAAACCCAAAGGUUCAAGCUCUUCUACGAAGGCAAGUCCUGCCCAUGACAAAAAAUAUAGUCUUUCUAUCAUCACUUUUGAACAGACCAGCUUGUCAGCCAUCAGGAUUGACCUACUUAUUGUGCAGGUCACCAUCCUGUGCCAGACUGGCUUUGACUCACAGAUGUCUUCCUACAUAUACAAAUUUUGGACAUAAAAAAAGACCAGAGAGCAGAUUCACCAAGAUCUAUUGCUUACUGUUGGGAUCUCUUUUUUUCUUUUUUAUGGGACUUAAUGGAAUGAGUUGGUUUGAUGGUUCUGUUGACUGGAAGAAGAGUUUAGGUAUCAAAGCUGCAUCAGUCAAAGACAGUGAAGGCUCAAAUGAAGAUUCUGAAGAUAGUGACUUUGAGGAUGAAAAGGACAAGAAGAAGAAGAAGAAAGUUGGUUUUAGAGAUAGACGGAUCAUUGGCUAUGAAGAUAGAAUCCGUGCAUAUUCCACACCAGACAAAAUUUUUAGAUAUUUUGCUACACUUAAAGUAAAUAUUGACGGAGACUGGGAAAUAUUUAUGACUCCUGAAGAUUUUGUUCGUUCUAUUACACCUGGGAUUAAACAGCCUGAAGGGCUUGGGCUUGACAGCUUUAAAAAGUUUGAUCCAACAAAGGAUAGCUUAGACGAUUUGCGACAAGACAAAGAUGCAAUUGGUAUGCUGGAGCCAGACAGCAUUUUCUACAAGUUUGGCCAGACAGGGCUCAUUUCUUUCUCUGACUACAUCUUCUUGCUGACUGUUCUUUCUACCCCUCCAAGGAAUUUUGAAAUAGCUUUUCGAAUGUUUGAUUUCAAUGGCGACGGAGAAGUAGACAGUGAAGAAUUCAGUAAAGUGCAAGAAAUCAUCCGCAACCAAACAUCAGUGGGUAUGAAGCACAGGAAUCACAGUACUACUGGCAGUGUGGAUCAUGGCAUGAGCUCAGCCUUAUCCUCUUACUUCUUUGGUACUGAUGGGAAAAAGAAACUCACUGUGUCACAGUUCUUAGAGUUUCAGAGACAGUUGCACAGAGAGAUCAACAAGAUUGAGUUUGACAGACAUGCAGAAAAUAAUCUCAUAUCUGAAAGAGAUUUUGGUAGUGUUUUGUUAACUUAUGCUGGUCUACCUGAUAGCAAAAAGUCCAGAAUGCUUAAGAGAGUCAGAAGGAAGUACAAAGAGGAUCCGAAAGGCAUCACAUUUGAAGAAUAUCUGGCCUUCUGGAGAUUCCUCAAGAGCAUCAAUGAUGUGGACACAGCACUAAGUUUUUACCACUUGGCAGGGGUUUCUAUUGAUCAAGAAACCUUAAAACAUGUUGCCAAAACAGUGGCUAUGGUUGAACUGUCGGACCAUGUGAUAGAUGUUGUCUUUACACUUUUUGAUGAAAAUAACGAUGGUGAACUUAGCAACAGAGAAUUUGUAUCCGUGAUGAAAAGAAGAGUGAUGCGUGGCCUGGACCAGCCUAAAGACACAGGCUUUGUAAAGCUCAUCAAUGCUGUUGUCAAAUGUGCCACUUCUACUCAUAUGUACAGUGAUUAAUUGUGAUGUUAUAUUGUAUACUGCCUUUUUUUUACAAAGCUUAUAUCAACUCACUUUGUCUGGUACAACUUUUGUAAAAGUUUUUUUCUGGGCACGACAUAUCCUAAUUGUGCUGAUGUGCCAAAUCUCCAAAAUAUCAAACAUUAUUUCUCCCAAACCCAGUCAAGUUAAAAUUUUGCACAAUUAUUUCUUGUUCCUGACAAAACAAUCAAUAAAAAGAAUCAACAAUUAGUUAAUUAAUUAUUUGUGAUUAAUUAUUUUGUUUGGUAUUGCACAAGGGAAAGAAAUUGUACUUGACAGAUAUGGCAGUAUAAGUUGAAUUAGUCUCCUUCAUACCUUGUGUAGAGAAUUAGGUCCUCAAAAGUUUGAAACUAACAAUAGAUAAGCUAUGAAACCUAUAUUCAUAAGCCUUUCUCUUGUACAGUGAUUAGUGUAUUGGCUUGAGGAAUAUUGAGCCCUGUAGUUUAAAUUCAAGUAGUACUUCUAUCACAGUAAGCUUCACCCAGAUACCCCACCCCUGCUCUCCCGUCUUUUUUUCCCAACUGGUCUAGACAAGUGUUGGGAUCAUAGCAUUGAGAAAGCUAAAAGCAUGAAAUUACAGUAAACAAAAACAAUUGGUAAAAAAUAUUUCUGAUCGCACAGAUUUAUUAUUGUUAGUCUAGUUCUAUUACAAAUUUAAUUAAAUGACUCAUCCAAAGUAAUUGAAACUUACACUUAAUAUAAGCUUUGUUUUAAAAUAGUAUUUUUAAAAAAUAUUUUUGUUUUAGUAACGUUGUUUUGAUCCCAACCAAAACAAUCACAUGCUAGUUACUUUUAACCAAUUAGAUUUUAAUAUGGUCUUCACCUGUUUUUAACAUAUAAAUACAUGUACAUGCUUGUCAACUCCUUUACCUAACAAAUCCUACAAGUUUAAACAAAUAUUGCCUCAGGGCUUAAUAGUCAGCUGUUAAGAAGUAUGUUAUCAGUCUACUAUGUGUUGUUUGAGGUGAACAAACUGCAUGCUUAGGCUUAAGACAGUUUCACAAUUUUUUAAUAAUAAAACCUUUGAACCUGUUUUGAUAUUGCUUUGCUGAUUGAAUAUUUUAAUAUGUAAUCCUAUCAAAAGAAUUUUCCACUUAGAAAACUAAAUUUCAAUUGUACUGUACAUGUGCACCUUACAGAUGAUGACCUGCUUGUAGUUGUAUUAUAUACUUUACUUAUUUAUAAAUAUUUCUGUUUAUUUUUUGGUGAAUAAAUUUUUAUAAAAUGA